AUGAGGCAGCCGGCCGAUGCACAGUCAUCUCAGCAAAAGCAAAGUGAUCGGAAACCUGCAGAGGUGGUCCCGUCGACGCCGGCAGCCGGAGUGAGCGCGGGACCAGCCGCUCCGCAAGCGGCCGGGAAAGUGAUCGAAAUUGAUACCCCUUUGGGAUCGCCUGCAGAUCCACCACCGGAGCUUGCUCUGGCUCGUUAUCGGAACCUUACUCAGCCUACUGAGGACGUUGCCCGGACAUACUUCAUGGUUGACUAUAUCUCGUCUUCACCUUUCGAAUGGCUCCCUCAACUCUGUCCCCAUGGCUUGCCUAAGCAGGAUGCCAUGUCGGCCGCCAUAUCGGCUGCGGCGUUAGCCAGUCUCUCGCUGAAGAUGUCGGAUCCCAGACUUAUGAAGCACGCUCGAAAGCACUACUCCAACGCGCUGUAUCACACGAACAAUGCUCUCAGCACUACAGAACUUGCUAUUCAGGAUUCAACUCUCGCCGCUGUUCUUUUGCUAGGCCUCUUUGAAGCACUCGUUUUCACAGGUCAACAGUCCCUCGAUAGUUGGAACGCCCACGCGAUUGGGACCGUGGAGCUUCUCCGCCUUCGUGGGACCCGGCAGUUCCAGACGCCUCUUGGCCGAAGACUCUUCCUCCACUCGAGUGGUAAUAUCCGUACCAGCUGCGCGCACACGAAGCGGCCAGUUCCUCCACGGUUCCUCAAGCUUUAUGAAGAUGCGAAGCCACUGCUCGAUCUGAGUGGCCCUGUCCACCAAGUGGCUCCUCUCAACGAUCGACUCGCAAGUCUGCGUUCCAGAAUAGCACAAAUCGAAGGUCAACAUAGGCAGGAAUUGGUACUUGAGGCCUUAGACCUUGACGCCGAGACCGUGAGAAUAGGUCAGAGCGUUCCAGAAGACUGGAAGUUCACGGCAAGACUCCCAGAAGAGAGCUCCCCUUUGACGUACAAGGGAAUUUCCCUUCGGUAUCCGUCUUUGAGUGCUGUUCGAUACUGGAACUCCCUGCGGAUUAUUCGCAUGUUUCUCAAUGAUCUCAUAUGGGCACAGUCUUCACUUGCACUCAACCAAGGUCCCGAUCUCGACGACGACACCGAUUACGAGGAACUCCAGGCAUUAACUGCAAGAAACAUGUCGACACUCGUGGUCGAGGUGCUAGCCAGCUGCGGCGAGUACCUGGAAUCGUCCGAGAGGCGGUUCUCUGUCACAGCCAGGUGCCUGAUAUGGCCGCUGUCCGUCAUCGCAAACGCUUCCCUUGCACCACAGGAUGCACGUCAGUUUGCCAGCGACUGUCUCGAACGGCUUGGGCGGGAUUGUCGCAUCCCUGAGUCGAUUGGUCUUGCAACCGGGACACACUUGAUCUGCGAAGCCGAAUGGUACGUAGACUAA